CAGAACAAGCUUCUAUGGAUGGCAUGAUGGCAACUACAGAACAAGUUUAUAUGGAUGGUAUGAUGGCAACUACCAAACAAGCUUCUAUGGAUAGUAUGAUGGCAACUACAGAACAAGCUUCUAUAGAUGGCAUGAGUGCAACUACAGAACAUGCUUCUAUGGAUGGCAUGAUGGCAACUACAGAACAAGCUUCUAUGGAUGGUAGGAUGGCAACAACAGAACAAGCUUCUAUCGAUGGCAUGAUGGCAACUACAGAACAAGCUUCUACGGAUGGUAUGAUGGCAACUACAGAUCAAGCUUCUAUGGAUGGCAUGAUGGAAAUCCAGUACAAGCUUCUCAGGAUGGCGUUCACAAACUAG